AUGGACUUAGAUUCCAUACUCCGUGCUUUUACCACAUCCGCAAAAACGUGGGUCGCUGGCAAAUACCCACCAGAAGAACCACUCUUUGAUCAGCUCUCACUUGGUCCUCUUUUACUUAGCAAUUGCCCCAGUCCGCGCUUGUUCAAAGUCAAGAUUAUCCCAAAAAGCCAUAUGAGGCCUACUCCGAAAAGUAUCAAUGCCGAUCCGACACUCUACCAAGAUAGGUGGUACUUGACACCAGAUGCCGAGGAGAUGGUUCGCUGUGCUUUGGUACCCUCCCUCAGUCUUUCGUCCUUGAGGAGCGGCGAAGACUCCGACUCGUACCUAGCCUGGGAGAGCUUUCUCUCCGCAAUCAAAGGGAGAGCUGCGUCACUCUUCCUGCGAUUUCUUGUUCCUGGAUAUCAUUCUGCGCUCAUCCCCCGCUCGACACGCAAUAUCGACCUCAUGAUCUGCUCCCAGGGUGGGCUCAAUUGGCUCAACCUGACAGGACCUCCACAAGGCUACCCGCUGGUUCCUCGAAGUCAAGUUGCGACUUGCGUCCGCACAACGGAGUUCUUCUUCGCAAAUAUCGGUAGAUACUCCCAAGUUACAGGACGGUGA